AUGUACUACUCCACUGCCAUCCUCUCCCUCCUCGCUCUCGUCGAAGCGGCCGGUCCGCACCACGGGAGCAACAGGCUUCACCGACGACACCACGCCCGCGCCGCUCUUUCGGGCGGCUCAGUCGCCCCUCCCCCUCUCCCCGUCAACCUGCACGUUGAGGCGCCUGCCAAGCGGGACGACGACAGCUGCACGCAUGGUGACUGGAAUUGUGUUGGCAGCGACCUGCAAAGAUGUGUCUGGGGCGACUGGACUUCCAUCCGCAACUGUACCGGCGACAACAUCGUAUGCUCCACCCAGGACAAUGCCAUCGGCUGCGUCUGGACAUGGAACGUCGACAGCUCAGCCACACCCACUUCCGGCGCCGAGUCUGCCACUGCGUCUCUUGCCACUGUCACUGGUUCCCUCGAAUACAACGCCACCAGCGCCCUGAGCGCCUCAGAAGCAUCUGCGACUGCUUCUCAGGUGGCCAACUCUACAUUGACCGGGGCUAUUGCGGCUGCUAGCCCUACUACGACCGGAUAUGCCUCCAACGUUACUUCUACGAACUCUACGACCACUGAUGAGGAUGAUGAGGAUUGUGAUGAAGACGAGGACGAGGGUGAGGAUGAGGAGGACGAGAAUAAAGAUUGUGACGAUGAUGACGAAGACUAUACUUCUACCUCUUCCGUUGUCGCUGCUAGCUCUUCUGUCGCGUCCCAAUCGUCCGCCUCGUCUGAUAUCGGCAACGCUGCUGCAUACGCCACAGCCGAAGUGAGCUCUAGCCCCACUGCUUCAAGCUCGAGUGCUUCGGCUUCUGCUAGCGGGUCGUCCGAAGACGAUGAUGACGAGGACAGUGAUUAUGAUGAGGACGAGGACGAUGAAGAUGACAGUGAUGAUGAUGAUGAAGACGACGAUGAAGAGGAGGACGAUGAAAACUGCGACGAUGAAGACGACGAGGUCUCUUCAUCCAGUGCCUCCGUAUCCGCUUCCGCCCCCGUCUCCUCCUCCUUCAACUCUUCCGUACCCCCUAUCACCGCCUCCGCCACCAGCUCCGCCUCAUUUGCCAACGAAACUGACUCUGCCUCGACUGCCAACGCCACCGAAACCCCUGCGAUUGGUGACGGGCUUUACGCUCCUGGACAGGAUUCUACCUCAAGCAGUGCGUCCGAGACCGCUUGGGACACUGCCUCCUCUUCCAGUAGUGAGACUCACUGGUGGAACUCUUGGAACACCAAGUCUUCUUCGGCUUCUGAAGCUUCAGCGACUGCCUCUGGCUCAGAGUCUACUUCUUCCACCGACUCUUGGAGCUCGGACCCUACCGCCUCAUCCUCGAGCAGCGACGCUGACUCUUGGAACUGGUGGGGUUCUUCCUCCAGCAACACCAAGCAUCACAAGAGUUCCACCACUGACUCUGCGUCUACCGCGAGCGCGUCUCAGUCAAGUUCUGCCGCUACAGCCUCCGCCUCCAGCUCGGCCAGCAGCAACACCAGCUCUAACAACACUUCUAGCACCACCUGGUCUGCUCCCCACUACGUCAUCUACGCCGACGAGUAUCUGUCCGAAAUGCCCAGCGCGUCCGAGUUGAGCUCGUACAACCGUUUCAUUCUUGCUUUCUGGCAAUACGAUGGUGGUGCUGUCGAUGAUGUGCAGACUUGGGCCGACUUUGACGAGUCUUAUCGAAACGAGGUCAUUACAGAGUAUCACAACGCUGGUAUUGCUCUUAUGAUUUCUGCAUUCGGUUCCGAGGAUACACCUACUACCUCUGGCGCGGAUGCCAAGACGGUCGCUCAGGAUCUCGCAGCCUUUGUUCAGGAGUACAAUCUCGAUGGUGUGGACAUUGACUACGAAGACAUGUCUGCCAUGAACAGCGCCAAGGCUGCCGCCUGGAUCAUUACCCUUCAAACCGAGCUGCGAAGCCUUCUGCCGUCUCCAUACAUCAUUUCGCACGCCCCAGUGGCUCCUUGGUUCACCUCUGCCAGCGAUUACUCUGACGGAUCAUAUGUCACGGUCCACCAAAGCGUCGGAGACACCAUCGACUUUUACAGCGUCCAAUACUACAACCAAGGCGAUGACCAAUACGUCUCUUGUGACACUUUGAUCACCAACUCUGGCAGUGAAUGGCCUUCUACCUCUGUGUUUGAGCUCAACUCUUACAGUGGCAUUCCCCUCGAAAAGAUUGUCAUCGGCAAGCCUCUCGAUUCAAGUGCUGCCGACAAUGGCUUCAUGAGCGCUGCCGAUCUCGCGGUAUGUGUUGCCGAGGCCAUAGCGAAGGGGUGGAACGGCGGUGUCAUGUUCUGGGAGUGGACAUCGCAGGCGCCAUCCGUGAUGGCGACAGUCAGGGGCUAG